AGUGCGGACGCCAGAAGCAUUAGGUCGAAGAUGAAGACGGCGAUUAUCACAGGAUGCAGCCCCGGGGGCAUCGGCCAUGCUCUUGCGCUAGAGCUCAAACACCGCGGAUUGCGAGUUUUUGCCACUGGCCGAUCUUUGGAAAAGAUUUCAGACUUGAAGAAAUCGGGGAUUGAAUGCCUUUCUCUAACCGUCGAUGAACCGGCAUCCGUCGCGGCCUUUCGUGAGGAAGUUGUCAAGCUCCUGGGUGGGCAGGGACUCGAUUAUCUCUUCAACAACGCCGGAAUGGCUGCAUUUCGUCCGGCAACCGAGAGCGAUCUCGGCGUUUGCAAGACUAUGUUUGGUGCCAAUGUGUUCGGAGUCAUCGACAUGUGCCAAACAUUUCUUCCCUCGUUGCUCGCCGCCAAAGGGGUCAUAGUCAACGUUGGAUCUGUUGCCGGACAUCUGCCUUUACCCUUCAUGUCCAACUAUUGUGCCUCAAAGGCAGCGCUUCAUGCAUACUCCGAGUGCAUGCGUGUUGAGCUCGCCCCGCUCGGCGUACGAGCUGUCUAUGUAAUGACGGGUAAUGUUAAAACCAACACCGUCAAUGUCAAAUAUCACUUAGAAGAGGGGAGUCUAUGGUACCCUGUCAAGGAGAACUACGAAAAAGAACAAGAAAAGGCUGCGACAACGGGAAUGGCUCCAGCAGCCUUUGCGGUACAGCUCGCCGAUCAGACCCUCAACAGUCGCAGGGAUACCGUCUGGGUCGGGGAAGGAGCUUUGAUGACGAGGAUCAUUAGUGGGUUGGAGAAUUAUUUGCCAUUCAAAUUAUGGCCGGCAGCAUUUUCUCAUGGGUAUGGUAUGAAGCGGAUUGGUGCGCCUCGAAACUGA